AUAAGAAUUCAACCCUCAAUUUGCAUACGAACCUUUCAAGAAACUUCCAAGUCCUCUCACAAGCAACAACUCUACUUGUUCUUUUUAUAUACCAAAUCCUCCUAACAAAGAGCGAACAUAAGAAGCAAAGAAGGAUUGUUUUGGAAAUGGAGCGACAAAAAAGCAUGGAGAAAGGGUUACUGAAUAAGAGCUUAAGCAUACGAGAACGAGAGUGUAAGUUCCCUAACGAAGACAUUUUCUUAGAAACCGGAUUAUCGAGGAAAUCCCCGAGAGAUGUUAUCAAGAAAAGUCAAGACGACGAUGGUGAAUGUCGUGUUACUGCCUCUGUUUUCCUCAGCACCUUUGUUGCCGUCUCUGGCUCCUUCUGCUCCGGUUGUGGCGCGGGUUUUUCAUCGGGUGCUCAAUCAGGGAUUACCAAAGAUUUAUCUCUCUCAGUUGCUGAGUACUCAAUGUUCGGGUCGAUUUUGACACUAGGAGGUUUGAUUGGUGCAAUAUUCAGCGGUAAAGUCGCUGAUGUCCUUGGAAGAAAGCGGACGAUGUUGUUUUGCGAAGCCUUCUGCGUCACAGGCUGGCUCGCGGUAGCAUUGGCUAAGGACGCAUUGUGGCUGGACUCUGGAAGAUUGUUACUUGGAAUCGGCGUUGGUUUAUUUAGCUACGUGAUCCCGGUCUAUAUAGCCGAAAUCGCACCGAAACAUGUCCGUGGUUCGUUUGUGUUCGCCAAUCAACUGAUGCAAAAUUGCGGCAUUGCGCUCUUCUUCAUCAUUGGCAAUUUCGUUCCAUGGCGAUUAUUAGCAAUAGUCGGGUUUGUGCCAUGUGUGCUCCACGUCUUUUGCUUAUUUUUCAUUCCCGAGUCUCCCAGAUGGCUAGCGAAAAAAGGCCGUGAUAAAGAUUGCCGAACUGCUUUGCAAUGUCUAAGAGGACCUGACGUCGACAUUUCUCGCGAAGCAAACACAAUCAGAGAUACCAUAGAAAUGUCUGAAGUCGAUGGUGAAACUAGAAUGUCUGAAUUGUUUCAGAGACGAUAUGCGUAUCCGCUAUUUAUCGGAGUUGGCUUAAUGUUUUUGCAACAAUUGAGCGGGAGCUCCGGUGUAACCUAUUAUGCAAGUAGCCUCUUCCAAAAAGGAGGAUUUCCAAGUGCUGUUGGCACAUCUGUAAUAGCCACGAUGAUGGUUCCCAAAGCAAUGCUGGGAACAAUCAUAGUCGAUAAACUGGGGAGGAGAACGCUCCUAAUGGCUUCUUGUGCUGCGAUGGGGUUAAGUGCUUUGCUCUUAAGUGUUUCCUACGGUUUCCAGUCAUUUGGAAUUCUCUCAGAUCUCACUCCAAUCGUCACUUGCAUCGGCGUAUUGGGUCACAUUGUGACAUUUGCGUUGGGAAUGGGAGGACUACCAUGGAUUAUAAUGGCUGAGAUAUUUCCCAUGAAUGUGAAAGUGUCAGCUGGAACCUUAGUUACCGUGACUAAUUGGCUGUUUGGUUGGAUUGUCACUUAUACUUUCAAUUUCAUGCUGGAAUGGAAUGCAUCAGGGAUGUUCUUCAUCUUCUCAAUGGUCUCAGCCUUUUCGAUUGUGUUUGUAUACUUUCUGGUACCAGAGACCAAAGGCCGAUCACUUGAAGAAAUACAAGCAUUGUUUUCCGACUCUGUACAAUAAAUUUUGUUCUGUGUAAAAUGAUCAUCAUAUUAAUCGAUUAUUGUAAUUAAAGAGAGAAAAAAUCGAUUAUUAUGAUUUUUGUGAGUUUUAAUGAGAUAUUUGUAUGGGUCGAGUUUUGUAUGGGAAAAUGACAACAAUAAUUUGUAUAUGUAAUUGUUUGGAAAACAAUGCAUGGUUUGAUUACUUAGAAA